AUUAUAGGGAGACUGGACUACGGAAGCCUGGGAGGGAAGGCGAAUUAUGAAAGCAAAGCUAUUAGCAGCACAGAAGUGAGUUAAUACUCUUCUGUUUUGAGUUGUUGAACGCCAUUUGUUUGGUCAUAACACGCUUUCACAUCAGUCUUGCGGCUAAAAACAUUGAUGCGGAGGAGAAACGUCCGUAGCAUCAACACAUUGCGUUAUUCAUCAAGGUCAAACAGCAGUGGAUGUUGGGAGCAGAUCUCCGACACGCGUGAGUGCUGUGCGGACGUGCUAACGCUCAAAUAAUGGCUGGACUAAUAAACUUCGAGGAUGAGAAUGAAGUGAAGCAGUUUUUGGACAACUUAGGAGUGGAGUACAGCUUCCAGUGCUACAAGGAGAAGGACCCCGAAGGGUGUCAAAGAUUGGCAGACUAUUUGGAAGGAGUGAAGAAAAACUACGAGUCCACUGCACAAGUUCUCAAACACAACUGUGAGACACAUGGACACGCAGAGAGCUGCUACAAACUGGGAGCGUACCACGUCACGGGCAAAGGUGGGAUGACUAAGUGUCUGAAAACAGCCUACUCCUACUUUCUACGCUCCUGCAAUGCACCGGGAAAGAAGUCUGGAGACGCCUGCCAUAACGUCGGUCUGUUGCUGCACGAUGGACGGACCAUGGAGGGAGGGCCUGACCCUACCGCUGCUCGGCAGUACUACGAGAAGGCCUGCACUGGCGGCUUUGCUCCGUCCUGCUUCAACCUCAGUGCCAUGUUCAUCGAGGGCAACUCGAAAGGGCUGGCCCCAGACAUGACUCAAGCCUUGAAGUACGCCAACCGGGCUUGUGAACUGGGACACGUGUGGGGCUGUGCCAAUGCCAGUCGGAUGUACAAGCUCGGGGACGGUACAGAGAAGGACGAGAAGAAGGCGGAGGAGCUGAAGAAUCGAGCAAGGGAGCUCCACGGUUUUGAAAAAGAGAGGCAGAUUAAAUUUGGGGAGUGAUUGCAACGUACCUCAUAAAGUAGUCAUUGUUUUAUUUUAGCUAGAGAGCUGUGUCAGAGCAAAAAUAUAUUGUGAAGGGCAAAGCGAUCCAUAACCCUCCCACUGUCCUAAUGGGUGUGACCCCGCGAGGAGAGUUGACCAUUGAGCAGGACUGAUGUUUUAUCUCUUGGGUCCACGUGGCAGGGGUGAGGAGUGAGCACCACCUCACCCCUGCCACGUGGACCUCAAGAUAUAAACCAUCAACCCUGCUCAAUGGUCAACUCUCCUCACGGGGUCACCCAUAAAGACUGGGAGGGUUAAAUGAAUCAGUCAUGCCUCACACGUUACCCAAAUACAGGUUGUAGAUGGUGAGAGUGGUGUCUGGAUGUGGAUAAAAGAGUAAAUAUAUGUAUGUAAAACAA